AUGGAUCCGUCGGUCACAAGCUACAGCUCGCACUCGCUCCGCGCGCAGCCCCAGGAGCCGCUGCCGUCCAAGACCAUAAUCUCGGCCAAGGGGAGAUUCUUCGUGCUCCUCGUCACCCUCGCAGCGUCGGCGCUGCUCCUCUCCUUCAUCUUCUACUCCAUCCUCGUGGGCCACUCGCGCUGGUCCGUGUACCUACUGCAGGUCUGCCAGGGCGUCGCUCUGCUGGAGAAAAGCUGGUGGCACUACCGCAUCCGAGAGCGCUUCCUGGCCCCGUUAGAGACCGCGGUCGCAGCCGCUUUUGGCGCUGGGGACCUGGAGCGACCCCGUCCUGACCGAGCCCAGUAUGAGCGCGAACUUCUCGAGAGAAUGGAGCCCAAGUCGUACGCGAUAUCGAGACUCACAGACAGGUGGAUGAAGGACGUCCGCGGCGCUGAGACCACCGUGGCCUUGGUCGCGGCAUCGGCGGCGGCCGGCGUGAGCUCCAUCGUCGCCGUGUACGUGGAGAGCGCAGUGGUCGUGUGUGCCGCUGUGGGAACGUUUGUCGCGGUGGCCGCCGCCUGCUUCGCUCCGACACUAAGCGACGGCUUUGCCAUCUUCAUCCACGAGGGAACUUUAACAGUCACGGCCAUGAGCGCUAUGAUCGCGCAUUACACGGAAACGAACACGGGCAUGGCGAUCCUGGACUACCUGUUUGUGGCGCUGUCCGGCUGGGUCAUCAUCGUGAUCUCCCGCAUCAUAGCGACCAAGAAGGUGCUCGAUUGUUUCCUUAUGGCCACACUC